GUUAGGAUCCAGUUGCUCUGAAAAUUCAGUCAGAUCGACAGGUUAUUCUGAAUGGAUGUGGAAUGGGUGAAGAGUGUGGGGAGUGAAUGAGGAUUAGGUGAAUUUGUUGGACGAAAAUCUACGGGAUAUUCGUUUCAUUUUUCAGGGUAAUAAUGGCCACUGUUGAAUCAUUGGCUGAGGCAACGGACGUGGUGCAGAUACUGCGACAAUGGGAGGAAGAUCACACAUCACCAACUUAUGAUCCCAUUCCUACACUACAGAGAUUAGCCGAGAUCAUAGAAGUCGAGACUGAGAACUACCUCAAGAUGGAUCCAGAUCCAUUCGAUGAGAGACACCCAUCGCGAACUGAUCCUGAGUGUAAUUUCGGUCAUAUACUCAAGGUUUUAUUUCGUAAGGACAAUUUUAUGACCAAGCUGAUAAACGACUACCUCCGAGAUACCUAUUGGUCUCGCGCCGGAAUCCAAGGUCGGGACGUUCGCAAAUUGAACAUAGCAGCCUGCAGAUUGAUGCUGGACAUCCUCCCAGGACUAGAAACCUCUGCAGUAUUUCAACCUGACAUGGAUGGCUUGAUCCACCGUCUCUUCACCUGGGCAGAAAAAUCAGUAGAGCCCCUUCAGAGCUACGCAACUGGCCUCCUCGCAGCAGCUAUGGAGGUCCAGGACAUAGCGACAGGUUUUCGCGAGCAAAACGGUCGAAUGGUUCCAUUGAUGCUGCAACGUCUUCACAAACUCCAGGAGAAGGCACACGAGGACCGCCAGACCUCGUCUAAUUCCCGUCCAUUUGCCCAUUUCGGUCAGAAUCGAAACUCCUUCGGUGAUGGUGAACACAAAGGAGUUCCAGGAAAACGAAAAGUACGAGAUAAAAAGCGGGAGAAUGGAAUAGCAAAGAGCCCUAAUGCCCUUUUCGGUUCUGAGGAGGAAGAGGCGGAUAGCGCUGAAGAGACUCCCACGAAAAAGCUCAGAACAGAUCCAGAGGAUGCCUCAACAUCAGUGAAGCCGGUUCCAUAUCCCGAGAUAAUGUCGCCACCCCAGUCAAUUCCAAAAUCCACCAGUCAAAGUCAUCCCAACAGCCAAACAACCCCAUCAAAACAAUCCACCAGAGCAACUCCACCCAGAUUCACUGGCACCUCUCGCUCCAGCCUUCCCAGAAAUCUCUCCCAGUCCUCCUCGACCCCCUCGAUGCUUCUGGAGGGUAACUCCAACUCUUCCUGGGCAGAACUCGAAUCAUAUGUCAUUGGAAAUGUCCAGAUUCACCCUCCAACCCUGGCCACCAGACAGAUGUUGAUUCUCAGAUACUUAACGCCAAUGGGAGAGUACCAGGAGUUCCUGGGUCAUGUCUUCGAACAAAAUGCCCUCGAGCUGAUUCUCAAGUAUAUUAACGUCCGAGAAACAAAGGAUAGUCGAUUGGCGUUCGAAGCUCUCAAGUACCUGGCCUCCCUCCUCUGCCACAAGAAGUUCUCAAUAGAAUUCUUGAACGUGGGAGGCUUGCAGAAACUCCUGGACGUUCCACGACCCAGUGUAGCGGCCACAGGGGUUUCCAUCUGCCUAUACUACCUAGCGUACUGCGAGGAUGCCAUGGAAAGGGUGUGCCUUCUGCCGAAGCAUAUAAUAUCUGACCUGGUCACCUAUGCUUUAUGGCUCCUCGAGAGAAGUCAUGACUCCGGUAGGUGUCAUGCUACAAUGUUCUUUGGAUUUUCCUUUCCAUUCAAAGUCAUUCUCGAGGAGUUCGACGCCCAGGACGGCCUCAGGAAGCUCUACAAUGUGAUAUCGACUCUUCCAAUUCUGAAUAUCGAGGAGGAGCCGACGUUAAAUGACGACGAGGAAUGCGCAUCGCGGCAAAUAGUCAGACACGUUGCAGUGGCUCUCAAAAGGUACAUGGAGGCCCACCUGUACUUGAAGGCCGAGCAGCUUCAGAGGAUGGAAAAUGCUAGGGUCGAGAAGGACAAUUGGCAGCCCUCGAUUCUCCCAUACAAAGCCUGCAAGCUCUCCUCUGAGGAGGUCCAGGCCAAAGUGGAGAUCCUCCAAGAGCUGAUGAACUGCAGGGCCUCCUGGGCGCCUGUGGAAGAGCUCCACAGACUGGGAGGUAUUACUCUUCUUCUUCAGAUCAUUGCUUUCGCACGCGACUGGAAUUAUAACGGUCGGGCUCACACAUCCUCCAGCGCUGAAACUGUACGAUCGUGCCUGGAUGUCAUAGCCAUUUGCUCAGUUGUUCCUAAGGUGAUGCUGCUACUGUGUGACAGAGUGGAUAUGCCUGAUAUGUCAAUGACAAUGGCAAUCAAUUUACUACUAGCUGCUGCUGAGUGUGAGAUAAUUGCUGAUGUGCAGAGGGCUGCCCUAAGGGCUGUUGUCAAUUGUGUUUGUGCACCCUUGAACAGGGUUGGUGGAAAUUUGGCUAGAUUCUCGGUUGUUGGUUCUGCCAAGAAGAAGGCCAACAUGCAGAACAGCGAGGAGAUUAUUCAAAAAGUGUGGGAGAGUGUGCGUUCGAACAAUGGGAUAAUGGUUCUACUACAACUUAUGAUGGUGAAAACACCGAUUACAGAUGCUGAUAGCAUCAGGGCACUGGCUUGUAGAGCUCUCGCUGGAUUAGCCAGGAGUGAGAAGGUGAGGCAAAUCAUCUCGAAACUGCCAAUGUUCACAGAUGGUCAGAUACAGGCGUUGAUGAAGGGUCCAAUCCUUCAGGAGAAACGUCAGGAGCACGUGACCUUCCAGAAGUAUGCCCUCGAGUUGAUGGAGAGAGUCUCGGGUAAAGCGAAACCCACUGGGGCUGAGUACGAAAUGUCCCUGGUUAGCCUUCAUCGUGCCAAUGUCGUUGCACAAACGAGGAUACAGUACAAUGAACACCAGCUCAAUCAGUUAAUCUAUCAGCAUUUGGUGUCGAAAGGUCUGACUGAAACUGCAGCAAGCCUUCAACGAGAGGUCAACCUGGAUUCACAUCCUAUUAUGAAAUUGGUGACCUCUUAUCAUCCUGUGACAUUUAGAAGCCCAGUGACCACGACACGUGCUGGCUUCUCCCCAGGUGCUCCUGUCAAUCUCUACAACACGAGUAGAUGCCCCAGGGAGGGGAGCACUCGACCCAAUCCCCUUCAAACCCCUACAUCCUCCACCUCUCGAUUUAUAACUCACGUACCAAAUACAACGCCAACAGCCAGUCAGCCUUCAACUAGAAUUAAAUUAUCAGAUUGUCUCAAUGCAAGUCCAGUAAAUAGUAAUAUACAACCGAUGAAGCUGCAGAUUCAUCAGAAAAAACAUAAUCAGCAGGAGAAACAUCAGACGUGUAGUUCAUUAUCUAGUUUACAAACGAUCCUCCAGUCACCCAACACCUGCAGAUCGUUGCAAAAACAAAUAUCGAGGGAUCCUGGUGGUGGUGGCGGAACACUGGCCACUGGAAACAUGUCGUCGAUCAUCAGUUUGGAUUCGAUUAUAACGGAAUACCUCACGAAUCAGCAUGCACUGUGCAAAAAUCCCAUGGUGACGUGUCCACAGUUUAAUCUCUUUGAGCCACACAAGUGUCCUGAUCCCAGGGCGAAAAAUUCAGCAGCCACCAACAUGACGAUGAGGGUCGCCAGGAGGCAGCUGGGCAUCGAUGACAGGAGACUCGACAGGAGGCACAUCUACAGCAGAUUCUGCCCCGUGAAAUCAUUUCGUCCAGCUGAUGUCGAGGGGACAUUCACCUGCUGCACUUUCACCCCCUGUCAGCAAUAUCUCAUGCUGGGUACUUAUGCAGGGGAUGUCAAAAUGUAUAACGCCAAUACUGGAAAUGAGGAGGCUACUUAUCAGUGUCACGAGUCUUAUAUUUAUCACAUGGAGUGCAAUCGCAAGGGGAAUCUCAUGCUGACAUCCACUGCCUGGAGGAGCCCUAUGUCUGCUCUCUGGAGCAUCGGGGCAUUUUUCGAUAUGAAAUUGCCUUUUGAGAAUGAAGAUUACGUGGAGUUCAGCAAGAUGCAGGACAGAAUCAUUGGUACACAGGCUGAGAGUGCAACGAUCUAUGAUAUUUCCAGUGGAAAGCUGCUUAGUACGUUAACCCCAUCCAUAUCAAAUCAAUACACGAAGAAUAGAGCGACCUUCAGCAUGAAUGACGAGCUGGUGCUGAGUGAUGGUAUUUUGUGGGAUGUCAACUCUGGGAAAGAGAUUCACAAGUUUGAUAAACUCAAUCAGACGCUAAAUGGGGUAUUUCAUCCCAAUGGCACCGAAGUAGUUUCUAAUACUGAAGUCUGGGACUUGAGGACCUUUCAUUUACUGAAGACUGUGCCUGCCCUCGAUCAGAUGAACGUCAUCUUUUCGCCCAUUAAUCAUAUUAUCUACGCGGUGUCGUUGGAUCAGGACACUGAGGACGAAUCUAAUUAUGUGACGUCUUUCAAAACAUUGGAUGCGUUGGAUUAUAGUAACAUUGCGACAUACGAUGUCAGAAAAUCUAUCUGCAGUUUGGCUUGUAAUAAAUAUGACACUCAGAUUGCCGUGGUGGAGAAUCAGGGAGAGUUCGACAGUGUUCAGGAGUCUUGUGUCAGGUUGUAUGACGUGGGGAGGAGAAGGGAUGAUGAGGAUGAGGCGGAGGAGGAGGAGGAGGAGGACAUGGAUGCUAGUGAUGAUGAUGGAUCGAACUCCGGAUCUGAUGACAAUAAUGAUGCCGAUGGUGAUAAUGCUGAUGCAAAUGGUGAGGACAACGGCGAUGAUAUGAAUUUGAAUGAAGAUAACGGAGACGAUGAUUCAAGCAUUGAUGGGGAUAAUUCAACGAAUGGCAGCGAUUACUCCCCGGAUAUGGAUCUAUCGGGAGAGUACUCGGAUAUGGAUGAUUUUGAGAUUCUCUUUUCGUGAAUUAGGGAUAAUAAACGCAGACGUUAUGAACAGGAA